CCCGAGGCAGCUCUGUCCGGCGGGCCCCGCCGGCGCACCAGCGAUCGCCGCAGCUCGAGCGCUGCAGGGGAAGGAGGGCACCCCCGGGCAGCGCAGCUCACCUCUGCGGCCGUCCAGAGCCCCGCACGGAUUCCCCCCGGAGCGUCCCGCUGUCCGACGGUCAGCGGGUCCGAGCCGCGGCUGGAGUCCCUGGGCUUUAAGCACCGUUUGGGAAAGCUCCCCGAGACCGAUGGCGCCAGCGGCGGCCCUGUCGGGCCUGGCGGUGCUGCUCUCGCGCUCGGCUGGGGUCGGCGGCUCGUACCGCGCCUUCUGCAAGGGGCUCACGCGCACGCUGAUCACCUUCUUCGACCUGGCCUGGCGGCUGCGCAUGAACUUCCCGUACUUCUACGUCGUGGCCUCCGUGAUUCUCAACGUCCGUCUGCAGGUACAUAUUUAGAGCAACUUUGUGUCGUUCGGGGCCCCCAGCAGGAUGGCUGACUUCCAUCGCCAGCUCACCCGCCCUAGAGCAAAGCGACCCGCUCGUCUCGCAAACGCCGGCAACCUGCCUGGCUGUCUUUCCAGUGCCUCAUUUUUUUCAAUCACUUCGCAGAAAGCCUGCAAUAUAACCAGAAAAGCCUAAAAUCUAACGAAAAGUUGACCCUCAAGGAAAUAGUUAUUUCAAGGAACAGAACUUAAAACUCAGAAAAUCCUCAGAAAUACUUCAGAAGUUCUUGCAUCCAUAAAACAAAAAACGGCACGAACGUUAAGAAAUGACAAUGAAUCCAGGAUGUCCUAAGGGGGGAAAAUAGGAGCAGUUAACUAACAACUGAAAGAAACUACAAGAAUGGUCCAAAUCGGGGGCAAAUCUUCCAAGUUAGAAUAAGAAGUUAAUACACUUCCAAAUUAAUGGAAUGCACUCUAAGCAAUUGAUGGGGUUGAGAUAGAAGCUGGAGGAAAAUAACAUGAUCUGGAAGGCAUACAUUUCUUCAUUCCAAAAGAAAAAAGACCAAUGGAAAACAAACUACAGGAAAAAACAGUCAUUUCAAACAGUACAAGGAAAGCAUGCUUCAAAUAUGAAGCAACCUCAGAUGUGGCCUGGUUUUGAACAUUGCCAGGAGUGUGAGAAAGGGAAUCUGCUUGAACACUGGCACGUGGACUAAGACUCUGUAGCCACAGAUGAGAAAAUCCAGUCGUAGGCAUUUCAACUUUGCUGUUCGGUGGACAAUAUUGAAAUAAUCAUAACAAUGGAAAUAAUUACUUAAUGGUUUUCCAUUUUUAGAGUAAGUCGUAGGCAAAGAAGGGAAGACUUAAUUAUGGUUAUAGAAUGUUAUGCGAAUGUUAGCAACGUGGACAAUGUGAAAGUCCAGGCAACAAGUUGGCAGGCAGAGGGGAAGAAAUGGAAUAGUGGUGUUAUUCUCAAAGUAGUAAGUUCAGAUAGUUGAAUGAUUGGUGUCAGGAUUAUAUUAUUAAAGUGAAGAAGGUAGGCAACAAACCGGAAAAGUGGCACAGCCAUAUCCAGGGAGGAGGAAAGGGGUAGGGGGGAGACAUCAGGAAGUCAGUGAGAAAAUACCUCAUGUCAUUAAUUCAAGAAAUAGUCAUAAAAGCAUAUUAUUAAGAAAAGUGGAGGUAACCACUAAACAGACAUGUAAAAGUUUUUGUGGGAAGAGUUGAGAAAUUGGGCAGGGAUUUACUUUUCAUUAUAUGCCCUUUUUUAUUACUUGUUUAAAACUAUAAACGUUUUUGUGGCUUAGGGAAGAGUUGAGAAAUUGAGCAGGGAUUUACUUUUCAUUAUAUGCCCUUUUUCAUUACUUGAUUGUUAAAACUAUACAUGUGUGCAUUGCUUUGAUUAAAAAUGAAUUUACUGCAA